AUGGAUCGAGUUUUAUUUGAAAUCUGUCAAGAGAACAGUAAAACAGCUUUCUCCGUUGGAUACCAAAUUGUUUACCUUAUAAAUGUUGUUUUAUCAGUCACUUCUAUUUUCACAUGUUCGUAUUUCAUCAAAACAUUCAUAUGGAAUUCAACUUUCCAUCCGAAUUUCAAGCUUCUCCUGACAAUGUAUUUCUUUGCUGCAAUAUUUCACUCAAUACUAUUCACUGUUUCAUACUUAAUGAUGAUCGAAAGAUUUCUGGAUUAUCAAACAGAAUGUGAUAUUCAUAUGUCAAUGGUUCCAUAUAUGAUGGUUCACAGUUCCAUUGCUAUUUGCUUGUUCUGUGGAAUGCUGACGCAGGUGUUCUUGGUGAUUGAACGAUUCUUCGCAACUCUUAAAAUUGAAAGUUAUGAACAUAACACUUCGUUUCGACAUAUUCUUGCUUAUUUGUUCUUUUGUAUUGUAUUACCAGUAUCACUUCUUGUUUGGGCUUACCAAGAUGCCGAUUAUCGGUCUCCAGUUAUCACAGCAAUCAGUCCUCCAAAAGGUGUCGAAUUUCGAUUGAAUAUCCUCUACAUUUUCUGUUUUUCACUCGCAAUUCUCGCUCUCAUUCUACUGCAAAUCAUUCGAUAUGUAAAUAAAAAACGAGAAAGCAGAAUAGAAAUCAGUCUCUCUGGACGGUUCCAAAUUGUUGAGAAUAUUGACACGACCACAUUUAUUUCUUCAAUUCUGAUUAUAAAUAUGCUCAUGUCUGUCAUUUACAUUGUUGGAACAUUCUCUCUCCGAAACUUUGAAUUCGAUGUUUUUAUUGAUGAUCGGGCUGCGUUGUCUACGGUUAAACUUAUAUUUUAUCUUCAUCCAUUGUUUUCAUUUUUGAUGCCAUUAAUAUCAAGUUAUCAUCUUUCGAAAAUGCGUGAACGUCGUCUGAAACGGAGAGAACAUUUACUGGCAAUCAAAACAAAAGGACGAGAAGGAUCUGAUGCAUACAAUCAAUUACUUCAUGAUCAGUGGCAACAACAUUUUCUUAAGUGA